UUGUGCAUUUUGGAGUAGUGGUAAAUUUUUACAGGCAUAACUAUUUAUAUGCGGUUUUUAUGUAAAUAAACCAAAGCAAACAUAGUCAAAUAAUUCGUAAAGUCAACGCUCUCAGAUCACUGACUUAACCGCAACAACUGUGUUUUGGCAUUAUUAAAAUAGAAAUUUGGAAGUGAAGUGCCACAAAACAUAAGCAACAGGCCAAUUAAAAAAACGAAUUUGCUUAGUAAUAGUUAGAUAGAAAAGUCAAUAAGCAACGAACGAACGAACAUUUCUAACCCAGUUUGACCACCGACUAGUAAACAUCAAAUAAAGCACUCGAAAUGGAGGCCCCACCAAUGUUUAACAGCGUCGAGGAUGAGUGCAGAUACUGGAAAGAACGCUCAAAACAGUACCAUAAAGAGUGGACAGAUGUUAAACAAGAAUAUGAUGAAUAUGUUGAACAGUCGAGAGAAAUGGAAGCCGAAAUGGACGCAACUCUGGAACAAAAACAGAGUAUAAUCAAAGAUCUCAGAGCCAAGCUUAAUAUGUUAGAGAAAGAAAAUGAUUCACUAAAGCUCAAGCUAGAUUCACACGGCAUCGAAAUGUCAAAUUUGGAUAAACAGUUGGAGGCGGUUAAAAAAGAACGUGACUCCAUGAAAGAAUACCUGCGACAGUUGGAGCAGAAAAACGAUGAUCUGGAGCGUGCGCAUCGCAUACUCAAUGAGAGCAUAGUAGACUUUGAGAAAAUGUUGGACAAAGCCUAUGAGAAAAAUGCACUUCUCGAGAUGGAGGUGGACGAAAAGGAAAUGCUGCAGGAGAAGCUGCAGCGGCUAAUGGACGAGACCCGCGAUCUCAAACAAGAGCUUAACGUGAAGUCGCGCUAUACGCCAGCUAAUGGCACAGCAGCAUCAGCCGGUAACAGCUCGAUGAACUCCUCAGCAUCGCUGCCCAAUGGGAUUUUGGCCAACGGUGAUAUAUUGCUGCAACAUGACAAUGCCGCCACAAAGGCGUCUAGCAUGAGCGUCAGUGCGCUAAAUGGCAGUUUAGCUAAUAAGAACGAAUAUAAUCAACAGCAACAUUCGCUUAAAAAUCCCGAGAACCUUAUCAAUGGCAACGCUAUGAAUGCCAGCUCCCGCACCACGGCGCUCAACAUUGUGGCCGACAUGUUAAGAAAAUUGAACGCCAUGGAGACAAAGCUGAAAACAUAUCGCGAGCAUGCGCCGCCAAUGCAGCCACGUCAAUGACCAGCAGCACCAGCAGCAGCAUUGGCACUGCAUCAAUCGCCACUAUUACUGACUGGCGGACGGCUGUCGCUGGAGGCGGAGUAGCAGCUGGCCACCACAUGUGGCAGUUGCACAAUAUUAAUUGCAGUUGUCGCUUGUUCAGUUUUAUUUUAUAGUUACAGUUGUGCGCUACUGCCCGUUUAUUUAUUUCAUUGAAAUGACUUGUAAAAAUUAACUAUAUAUUACUUAUAAAUAAUACACAAUUAUUUACAUAGUAUGCUGACCACUGAAGUCGCCCCGCCCAACAUAUAACGCCUUAUUAAGUACUUGUAUGUGAACAUUAAUCUUAAGUCUGAAUUAACCGACAGUUUUGAUUUUCCAUGUUAAGCAUUGUUAAUGGCCUUCAAUUGUUUAAUUUGGCAGCCGCGUUAAGCACAUUCAUGGAAUGUAUAUUUAGACCAGUCAUGUCCUAGUUUAGUUCACGUACACGGCACACAAACGCAAACGCAAACAGCAGGCCAUUGUAGCAAGCAGAGCUUUGAUAGUGCACCAAAACAUGUACAUUCAAUAUCAAUACACACACACACAGACACACACUAACAUGUACACAACUUGGACAUGACUGAACAUAGUGCAUAAGUUCUUUGUGUAGUAAGUAGUACAUCAUAAGUUCAGCUGAGUCGAAAGUAUUACAGCUCCCAGCAGCAGCCCUAAUACACAGCAUAAUAAACAACAAAUACUCGUAGCAUUAGAGAGGUUUAUGGCGAUACUCGUGUGGCAAUUACACUUAAGUUAAAAUACAAUUUAUGACAACCCCACACAGAGUCGACAAUUCUGCAACAUUUAGUUGAAUUUAACUACGUACAAACUCACAUACACAGAAAUAUAAUGAUUUAACACGUUCGAA